AUGGUUGAGUCGGACGCAAGCGAUGGUAGUGUGCACUCCGUUGAGCAGAGUUGCAGUCCGGGACGUGCUGUUUCUCUUGAAAGUUCUCUUCGAAGCAUAGAGAGUCUACGUCAGCAGGGUAACACGUUCCUGAAGCGGGGCGCUAGCGGCAAGGCCGUGCGGUGCUAUACCCGCGCGUUGGACAGCAUCGAGCGUUUGCGUUCUACAGUGCACGGAGCGGAUACUUCGAAACUGGAAGAGACAGAGGCGCUGCUUCUAUCGAACCGGGCGGCAGCACUGUACAACUUGCUGCGUUUCCAGGAAGCGCUGGACGACGCCAAUCGAUGCGUUGCGCUGCGGCCGCAGUGGGCAAAAGCGCAUCGUCGCCGCGGACAGUCGCUGCUUCAUCUGGGCAACCUCGAGGCCGCCGCUGAUGCCCUACAGACUGCACAACAGCUUGCGCAAGAGCAGUGGAAAAAGGAACUCCUCCGUGACGGCUGUGAUGCGGAUGCUAUUAUUGCCGCGUAUGAGAAGCUGGAGAACAAUGCGUCCGCACUUGCGAACUCGAAGCCACCAGUGCCCGAGUCGUUACCGCCCAAGCCUCCGGCACUGCAAGAGAUCGAGACUGUGGCGGUGUUCGCUGCGUUACUCUGUGACCUGCAGGCGGCGAUGUUCGUGCUUCCGCCGGAGCCAGCGCUGGGCCUUCUUCGUAACUGCCCGGUAUUCACCAUCACCGACGAGCUCGGGCAGCCGUUUUUCCUCACCGAUGAGGACGGUGAGCAGGUAUGCUCCUUCUAUUUCGAUGUGGACGACGUUAAGGAAACCCUUGAGUGGAUACGGUCGGAGGAUGAGCAGCUCGGCAUGCGAGCCCAAAUCGUAUCCGUUGACCUUCCACGUGCCCUGCGCCUAGUGGCGGAUACUCAGCGAGAGCGCUUCGAGCGGACGUUGCGUCGCGGGCUCAAGGACGGUGCCGCCGCAGGCAUAUCGGCAUGCUAUCGCUCGACGCAUACGUUCCAGUUUCGUCCAUCACUCGAGGCCGUCAAGACGGCGGUACAUCUGUGGCGGGCACAAGAGAAAGCCUUACGGGAGAAUCCCGAAUCCGAUGACCAUACCGGAAACAAUGAACUGGAUGAAAUUACAGUCGAGAAUUUCAACGGGAUUCCGAUUUUCCAAGCCAAGGGUUUAACGGUACUCCAGAAUUAUCGCCAGCGCGUGCCGCUCUUCUUCGAUAAGAAUGAUCUGGACUUUGCAUGGCGUGAGCUCCGUCUAACUGCCGAAGAGGCAAUGCAAAGCGGUCGACAAAUCGAGCACCCGGACGUCGAGUUCAACGUUGGCGUGCCGGUGCCACCGGAUGAAGUGCCCGAAGAAUGCGAAGUCGAUGUAGGUACGCUCGAGGAUGUCUUGCAUCGGAUGGCGCAGGCUGCCAACGAGGGAUCCGACGAAUUCUCUGUCAUUCUUUUCGUGCCGUCACGUCGCUCUACGGAGUACCUGGGGCUUCCGUAUCCGCUCGAUGAAUUGCACAAGACUGACACGGAUGCGGAGGACUCGCAGUUGUCGUCCACUGACGCUGAAGAAAACGAGUUGCAGUCGUCGUUCGCUGCGCUCGGUGCUCCCGGAUCGACGCGUACUGAGCCGGAGGCGUGCGCACCAAAAGAGCGGAGCACGGAGGCUUCCUCGAGCCUCACACCAGCCCAGCGGAAGCUGCUGCUGCAGAGGCUCGCCACGCAAAGAAUUGCCAAGUCUACCUUGCGCAUGCGCAACCGGACGACUGGAACGCGUGCAGCAGCAAGUGGAGCAUCGAAAACCAGCAGCACCAUGAAUGCCGCCAAUACUUCUGCUGCUGCUGCUGCUGCUGCUGCUGCACCUGCAAGCGAUGGCCAAAGCGCUUCGACGACGCUGGCGUCCGAACCUCUGACUGCCCGCGAAAUCGUGCUACGAGGUGGUGAUCGGGAGACAGUGCGGGCGUACUUAGAAGCUCGGUUUGCUCAAAGGAGAAAGCAGCAUCAAGAGUCCAAUUCGGCGUCACAGUGA